CUAUUUGGUUUACCGGCACAAUCAAUACAUAUCUAUUUUAUUAUGGCUUCCUUAGGGUGUUAAGGUAAACUUCAAAGUGCGUGUUGGCUUAUAGGUACGCAUUAUUUGACAGUCGAACUAGAGUCUCGACGUUAAAAUGGAAGCCGUUUUAGAAGAAUUCUAUGCGCAGAUUGUUGACAAAUUAGAACGAGACGAGCUGAUACCGGCCUACAAGCGCACGCAAUACCGCGAGUAUGUUGCCAUCGUCGUGGAAGGUCUUUGUGGUCCAUGGUGUGGUCAAGAUAAACGAAAGGCAUGUGAAGCUGCAAUCUUGGGUGCCGUGACCCACCACAACCGCGCAGUAUGUGCCAACGGUUCCGUAUGUCCGUUGGGAAAACACCAUGACAUUUUAUAUGUAAUGGCUCGCCUUGCACUUGACGCCAAAGCUGGACCAGGCCCAGUUUCUACUCUUCUUAACGCCAUAUACAAGUGCGAAAAGACUCUUGAAAAAUUGUUCGAAGGCGCUGUAGUGGGCAGCAAAGUGGCUCGAAUGAUAAGCGGCAGACGGACAGAUUUCGGAGCGACAGCAGCCGAGAAUCGACAGGCGAUGGCUUUUUUCUUGGAUCGUGUGACUCGAACUCGUUUGCUCUUAGAUGGUCAGCGACCCGCUGAUGUCAAGAUGGGCUCGUACCGCGCGUCUCCAGUAGUGGUGGCUACAGCUGCUGGAGAUGUAGACGCCGUGGCGUUGCUGUUGAGAUAUGGCGCGGCAGACACGUCUGUCCGGGCGGCUAUCGCUUACCUGCGAGACACGGCCGAUACGCAUAGACCAUUGUCCGCUGGUAGCCGAUCUUGCUUAGAAAUCCUACGACGGGCGACUUUGUACGAAGAUAGUUACCAUAGUAAAUACUUAAAGGUUUUGCAACCACCGGCUUUAAUGCAUUUGGCCAGACACGUAGUUCGUCAUACGCUGUACGCUAACUUUAAUUUACCACACGGUAUACGACAAUUACCAAUACCACAGUCGUUGGUAUCCUAUUUAAAUCUUGAAUGUUGACGCUGUUUUACUAUUUACUACUGUUGAGCAAAAUACUACUCGCUGGAAUAACUUUACCGUUAAACAUUUAAUAGCUACCCAUUAGCAUAUUGUUUCAAUUAAACAAUAAUGGAGAUGUCAAGGCGUACGGGACCAUAUUAAUUAAAACACAUUAUUAGUUGAGAUAUUAUCAUCACUCAGUGUUAAGUGCAGCAUUAGAAUAAUAAAAAUCGGAUAUUCACAAAAAACAGGAUGUUUUCAAUUUUACGUCCUGAUUACAUAUACUACUAACUUGACACAGAAUAUUUUUAAAAUCUAUUUCGAAAAGUGUUCUGAUUCAACAAUAAGUUAUUUUAUUGGCUUAUAAUGUCUACAUUUGAACUAAGGAAACGGUUUUAAUGCAUUUAAUGUAUUUGGUACUCGUAAUUAUAUUUAUUGGCUUUCCAUUGUUUAUUUCGCCAAACGUUGUACUUUGUCAUAAAAAAAUCAUAAUAUUUAUUGCAUAUGACAAACAAAUGUUAUGAAAAUUAUGUAUGCGAUAAAAUGAAACCUAUUAAAAUUUAUGUCGCAAAUUUUGCGCAAUUAUGUUCCACAUAAUGUUAUGUGUCUCUAAAGGCGCCAUGUUUGUUGCUUAAUUUUUAAACUUGAAAAAUAUAGUAGAGAAAAUAAUAUAAACCAUAAUACAGGUAUAAAUAACACUAUUAUUUACACAGAAAUAAUAACAAAAUAUAUUGCAGAAUAUUAGCAUAAAGUUUUUAGUAUAUUUCAUAGUUAAGCUAUUCGAGUAAUCGAGAAAAUAAAUACUUUCAUAAGUGUUGUAUUCGUAUAUUACUAAAGAAUAAUUAAAAAUGAUUACUUUAUAACACUCGAGUGGAUUCAUUUCUGCUGCACUAAGUGCUAAACGAGAAAGUAUUUUGCAUAAAUUAUUGUGUAACUAAAAAAUGAUGAGUGCCUAUCAAAGUUUUUAAACAAUUCGUCAUUCAGAUACCGCCAACGAAUAAUAAAACAAUCAAGUAAUUGUUUUUUUAGAUACAAAGGAAGUUAAAAAUUUCACCUAUAUACAACGAUUUUGUCUUGCUUUGAAAAUUUCGAAUUGAACUGUUAAUUUCAUGUCUUAUUGCAAAAAUAUUCAACUCGUUUAAGUCAUUUUUGAAAUAACUUAAACGAUUUGAAUAACUUAAAAAACUCUUAAGUGUUCAUUCAAAAGUAAUGUCACCCUACUAUCACCAUUUAGAAAUAAACACCAUUAAAAAAGAAUAUUAAUUAUUUAGUAUUCUGCAUUUAAGAGAAACCUUUUUCUUAUAAUAUUUAUUAAUUUGUGAUCAGUCCCAAAAAAAUGAACUGUUAUUCAAGUAAAUGAAUAACAGACAAAAACGGCGAACAUUUUUUUGUAUUUGUAUUAUUAAAGCCAAUAAAAACAUUCUGUUUGUAUUUAUCUACUACAAGAAAUAUUAUGUAAUUUUCAACCAUAUUAAUCAUGAAAUUUUUAUUAAAAAUUAAUUUUUAAUUUGUAACAAUAAAAUUUAGCAUGGUCAAAAUGUUAUUUUAUUCCGGUAUUUUAGUUUCUAUAAGAAACUGUAUUAAAAAUUUCUAAAUAUAUUUUUGUUAAUAAACAAAGUUUCUAUAGUAAAAUUUCUCGAGAUUUUUUCGUAAAAAAACAAAAUCGUUUACAUUUUCUCUCAAAUUCAAACAUAAAAUAUUCUAAUGUCAAAAAAAAACAGCUUUUUAAGAGUUCAUUAAAAGGCGAUAUUUUUUAAAAUUAAACUUAAUAAAAAUAACCGACACCCAAAUGUAUAU